CGCGCGGCUUCGGCCCCGCCCCCAGCCCGUGCUCCUGGGUGCCAGGUCCCGGGUUCCCAGAGAGGUGAGUCGGCGGUAGGUGAGUGCCAAGUGCUGGCCUGCUCGGUUUAGUGGUGUCGCAGACGCCAGCCCGAGUUCGCACGCCGCUGUGUAGUUGAGCUGCGCGCCGGACUGCCGCAGCUUUGCCAGGCACAGGGCCAGCUGGGCCGCGUAGCCGGAGCCGGGACGCCUGGAGGCCAGAGCUGCUGGGCCUGCGACGCCUCGGGAGCGAGCAGUCACCGCGCCUGCAUCAGCCUCGCUCGAGGGCAGAAGGCUCACCGCUAACUCACAUCCCCAGGCUUGUGCUGUGGUCUUCCUUGGCUCUAUCCUCUAGCUCUCAUCUAUAUGCUCGAGGUCGGUUUCAGCCAGGAUGCGGGAGAGUUAGUGCAAGCUACCUGUAAGACAGCUUGAACUUUUCCCAGGGAUUCUGUCUGUCAGCCCGUUAGAUCGUAUUGCCCAUUUCGUCUGAGACCUGUGUGCUUAUUACUGAAACCAAAGAAGUAUUUUCCCCGGUGUCCCUUUAGGACGUUAUAACUUUUCCUUCGAUAGUUCAAAAAAUUCGUCGAGGGAAAGACAAACUCUUCCCACUGCCAGGGACUGCUUUGUCUUCAGAGUUUGGGGUAAAGGCUAGCAAAUGAGAAGGCCCUAUUUCUGCAUCCUGUCCUCCCUAGCACCCUCAGAGGAGCUUCGGUUUCCAGCAUCUUUCUAGCAUUCAGAGAGACUUCUCCAGAGUCAUGAUCCCAGAGGCUUGACCCGGUUACUAGGAGAGAGAAGUUGUCUCCUGAUCCCCAAAAUGGCGGCUAAAAUGGAGAUAACUUUGAGUUCCCACACAGAAGCUUCCUCCAAGCAAGAGAGACACAUAAUAACAAAACUGGAAGAGAAACGGGGGCCUACUCUGCCAAAAAACUGCCCCGAUCCUGAGCUUUCCCGCCAGAACUUCAGACGGUUUUGUUACCAAGAGGUGUCUAGUCCCCAAGAGGCACUCUCCAGGCUCCAACAGCUCUGCCAUCAGUGGCUGCAGCCUCAGCUACACACCAAGGAGCAGAUUUUGGACCUUCUGGUGAUGGAGCAGUUCCUGACCAUCCUGCCCCCCGAGAUCCAGGCGCGGGUCAGGCAUCGAUGUCCAGUGAGCAGCAAGGAGAUUGUGACCCUGGUGGAAGAGUUUCACAGAUCAUCCAAGAAACCAAAGCAGUGGGUGGCCGUUUGUAUGCAGGGGCAGAAGGUGCUCUUGGAGAAAACUGGAUCCCAGCUUGGAGAACAGGAACUGCCAGACUUUCAACUGCAAACUCCUAGGCGAGAUCUCAGGGAGAGCUCCGUGGAGGAGCCUUCCCAGGCAGGAUCUCAUGACCAGCUGAGCCCCCAUCAUUGGGAGAAAUCCCCGCUACUCCAGGAACCAACCCCCAAAUUAGCUGGGACAGAGGCCCCCAGAAUGAAAAAUGACAACAAGGAAAAUCCACAACAGGAAGGGGCUAAAGGAGCAAAGCCAUGUUCUGUGUCAGCUGGCAGAGCCAAAGGGAAUGGUCUGCAGAGUCCUGAACCGAGAGGGGCAAAUACAAGUGAAACUCGGUUGUCACGGAGGCAGGUCAGCCCCCCAAAUGCUCAAAAGCCAUUUGCUCACUACCAGAGACAUUGCAGGGAACUAGAAUACAUCAGCAGCCCCUUAAAAAGCCACCCACUGAGAGAGCUGAAGAAAGGCAAAGGAGGUAAAAGAAGCUUGAGCAAUCGUUUGCAACGUCAUGGUCACCAGCCGACACGCUCAGCGAAGAAACCCUACAAGUGUGAUGACUGUGGGAAAAGCUUCACAUGGAAUUCAGAGCUGAAAAGACACAAGAGAGUCCACACAGGAGAGAGACCCUACACGUGCGGAGAGUGUGGAAACUGCUUUGGGCGGCAGUCAACCCUGAAGCUGCACCAGAGGAUCCACACUGGAGAGAAGCCAUACCAGUGCGGCCAGUGUGGGAAAAGCUUUCGCCAGAGCUCAAAUCUUCACCAGCAUCACAGGCUCCACCAUGGGGACUGAAAGGAGUGCUCCAUGCUUUACAUUCACCAGGAAGGUAUCUAUGUUUCUCCUUCCCCUUAGUUGCAUGUAAAUCACAAAGACUGUCUGUGUGACUUACAAGGAAAGCAAGAGGCCCUUGAGGAAUGAAGGUGCACAUUCAGCUGGUAAGGAGCCCCAGAAGAGGCUGGCCAGGGCCUGACCAUGCACAGCAACAAGGUGAAGAGGUGGCAGGUCUGGGCAUUGGGUCAAAGAACUGCAGUCUCCGCAGAGAGCGGGGAGACCACCGAGGGAGAAUCGGGAUGAUCCUGCAGGUGGCCACUUAUUGUUAAAUUGUCCCGUGGUUGCUUUAUUUAUCCUCUAAAAUAUGCUAAAGGGUAAAUUAUAUAGAUAUAGUUAUGCAUUUGCUGUCAUACCAGACAAUUUUUAUCAUGCACACACUUCUUUAAUAAAGAUGAGUGACCACUAGAAUUUCAA